AUGUCGGAAGUAAACCCAGACACCGCAGCAGUACCCGUCACAAAUCCGGUAAAGACCCACGUCAAGGAUCCCAGGAGGGUGGAGGCGGGCGUAGGCUUGCUAAGAUCAGUAAGGAAGCGAAAGCAAGGAAGAAAGCACGGUUUGAAGCUAUUAAGGAAGAGCAGAACGUUCUGACCGAAGAAUCCGAAAAUGAAAGGUCAAUAGUCACCCUAGAUAUGGUAGGUCUGGUAGUAGGUAUCGCCGUAGGACUCGGAUCCCUCUAUGUUAUGUGCUGUAGUCGUCAGGAAAAGGACGAGAAGCCAGAGGAAAGUAGGAUUGUAGAGGAGCCGGAACCCGUUGUUAUCACACCAAAAGGUCCUGACUUGUUUGACUGA